CAAUCACACACAAGCUGGUUACUAUUCCCACUAUUGUACUAUAUGUACGCAGCAGACUGGAGGUGACAGGCAGAAGGGAUCCAAUACUCAGCAUUCUAACCACACAUUACACACCCAGCAGUGCUCCAGAUCUAACUGUAGCACAAUACAGCGGGUUCAUUUUUGUCUCAUUUCUAUUUUUCACUGGGAGCCAUAGAAGUUUUGGUUAAUGCUUUGCAUAAAGAGGAACAUUUAUUUCCAAAAGCUAGAACAUAGUAGUUCUUACAGUGUGAGAAAGGUGCUGCGAUAUAGUUCUAUCAUGGGCCAGCAAUGGAUUAUUCCUUUGUCUUCUGAUUCUGAAUGAAAGAGAGACCGAUGCUUAUUAACAGGAAUUAGUUGCUGUUGUAAAUACCUCACAGUCGCAAUGGAGAAGUAUGAAAAUCUGGGUCUGGUGGGAGAAGGCAGCUAUGGAAUGGUGAUAAAGUGCCGACACAAAGAAAGCGGCAGGAUAGUAGCCAUCAAAAAAUUCUUGGAAAGUGACGAUGAUAAAAUGGUAAAAAAAAUAGCAAUGAGAGAAAUCAAAUUACUUAAGCAAUUACGCCAUGAAAAUUUGGUAAAUCUAUUAGAAGUAUGCAAGAAAAAGAAGCGCUGGUAUCUAGUGUUUGAAUUUGUUGACCGUACAGUUCUCGACGACCUGGAACAGUUUCCCAGUGGGUUAGACUUCAACAGAGUACGGAAGUAUUUAUUCCAGAUAAUAAGAGGAAUAGGAUUUUGCCAUAAUCACAAUAUUAUCCAUCGAGACAUAAAGCCAGAGAACAUAUUGGUGUCACAUUCAGGCGUGGUAAAAUUGUGUGAUUUUGGAUUUGCCCGUACUUUGGCUGCCCCAGGAGAGGUGUACACGGAUUAUGUGGCUACACGAUGGUACAGAGCACCGGAGCUAUUGGUUGGGGACAUCAAGUAUGGCAAAGCCGUUGACGUGUGGGCUAUUGGCUGCUUGGUAACAGAAAUGCUCACGGGUGAGCCACUUUUUCCUGGAGAUUCUGAUAUUGACCAGUUGUACCUCAUCAUUAAAUGCCAAGGUAACCUGACUCCACGCCUUCAAGAGCUGUUUUACAAGAAUCCACUGUUUGUUGGUGUGACUUUACCAGAAAUCAAGGAAGUUGAACCUCUUGAAAGGCGAUAUCCUAAACUUUCUCCCAUUAUAUUAGAUUUAGCCAAGUACUGCUUACACAUUGACCCAGAGAAGAGGCCAUCCUGCAUGACCUUGUUGCAGCAUGAUCUAUUUAAGAAGGAUGGAUUCUCUGAGAGGUUUUCACAGGAAAUUAGUGUCAAAGUCCAGAAGCUUUGUAAAGACAUUCCAUCACAGCUCAAAAAGACAAAAAAUGUCAAAAAAGAAAAAGACGAUUACCCAGGAGAGAAGAAAGCACUGGCCAUGCAGGAUUUCAAUAUUGAAUCCAAAGUGAAAGAUACAAAACCUUUAAAAGUGAAGAUAAUUAAAAUGGAUACAGAUAAGGGCGAGAAGAAUGACAGGACAUCUAAUGCUAGCAGUUUAUUUAAUGGAUCAAAUCAGGGCAGGACAGCAGCUUAUGUCACACUGAAAGAGUCAAACAACAGCCUAGAUUACCAUAAAAGCCCAGCUGGAAUAAUCCCUCCAAUCAGCUACAACCUUUCAACCAUCUCUCCACAUAUGACAUCCAAUGCUAAUGGGUCGUCUGGUUCCGCCCAUGUCAGUUUCAGGGGAGAAGAAAAAGGCAAACUAUUUGUAAGCUCUUAUAAGAAAAAUGGAGGAAAACCUUCGCCAAGAAAUCAGUAUAAUCCAAACCUUACAACAGUGGUUGGUAACGAGAAGAGCGCUCUUCAACUAAACAAGAAAAAAUGGGAAUUUUUAAGGGCUGACACGAGACUGCCAGAGCUCAGCUACGGUCAUCUGCCAGAGCUAAAGGGCACGGAUGGUGGUAGUCAUUACAAUGUUCGCAGUUCAAAACUGUUGAAGAAAGAAAACAGGACAAUUCCAGACUCUCGCAUUCCUCCUCUUGCAAUGAUUGAGCUGCAUAACUCAAACCCAGCCAUGCCACAGUUUUCAGGAAACUCAAUACAAGACACUACAGAUAUAGCAGAAGCAAAUUUUCCUCCAGUGGAAUAUUAACAGAACAUUUCACAAUAAGGACCCCUCACAAAAAGGACUCUGGAUUAUUCCAAACCAUAUGAGUUUGUGUUAUGUAAAACAAAAAUGCUGCCUGGUAAGGCUCAGUCUGACACAAUGGGAAACCUUAUAGUGGGUACACAAUGCUGCAUUGUUUUAAUAUAAUCCAUUAUAACUUGCUUCAAAACACAUUACUCAGUAAAUGCUGCAUAAGAUGCUGACGCUGUCAUUACUGUGGAUAUCUGCUCAAUUCUGUAUGAUUAAUAUCUGGAUAACAUGCACCAGUUUCAUCUAUGGCUUCACUCAUCCGAGACAAAGCUAUUGGAAUACACAUUGCAACUCCAGAUGAGAACUAUUCUAAUUGCAAAUCACAGUCCACAAAUCUACUUACUUUCAGACAUUACUCUAAUAGAUUAUAAGGGCUGUGAGGAGUGAUAUCAUUACAUGUAGAAAAUCCUGUAAGAUAUAUUAUUUUAUUGAGUAGUAAUGCCAUCAUUUUUAUUUGUAAAUCAGUGGAAGUAUGUGUCAUGUGACUCAUUUUCGAAUUGUCCCAAGAUGAAGGGAAUAAACACAGAUGUCUGGAUCACCUCAUUCAACUUGUGUUAUUCUAAUUUGAACCCUCUCCUGUAAAAUAUAGUACUAUAAGAAGUUACUGUUUAGUGUACAGUAUAUGACACUUAAGGUGCAUACACACAGUGAGAUAUUGACUAAGGGUAUCUGGUCUAUAGAUCUACACUAAAAAGGUCAACAGUCAAUAGGUCAACCACUAAUGGUCGACAGGGUCAAAAGGUCGACAGGGUCAAAAGGUCAACAGGGUCAAAAGGUUAACAGUCACAAGGUCGAUGAGCAAAAGGUCAACAGUCAUGGUCGACACUACAAAAGGUCAAAUGGUCAACCGGGUCAAAAGGUCGACACAAAUUUUUAUUUUAUUUUGCUGCAUUUACUAUCCAUGUCACAAACUAUUAUCUUUAGUAACUAUGUGGCGAGCGAACGCAUUUCAACAAAUUGGGGUAAAAAAAAUGUAUAAACCCAAAACAACACCCAAAAUUUUAUUUUGUGUGUAGACCUUUUGACUGUCGACCUUUUUGCCCCUGCCGGCAUUUUGAUUGUUGACCUUUUGACAAUGUUGACCUUUUGAUUGUUGACCUUUUGAUCCUGUUGACCUUUUGACUGUCGACCUUUUGACCCUGUCGACCUUUUGACUGUUGACUUUUUACGAGCAAAGCGAGCCCGCGAGGGGACGCAUUUCAACAAAUUGGGGUAAAAAAAAAUUACAAACACAAAACAUCCAAAAUGUUAUUUUGUGUGUCGACCUUUUGACUGCCGACCUUUUUGACCCUGCCGGCAUUUUCAUUGUUGACCUUUUGAUUGUUGACCUUUUGAUCCUGUUGACCUUUUGACUGUCGACCUUUUGACUGUCGACCUUUUUGACCCUGCCGGCAUUUUGAUUGUUGACCUUUUGGCAAUGUCGACCUUUUGAUUGUUGACCUUUUGAUCCUGUUGACAUUUUGACUGUCGACCUUUUGACUGUCGACCUUUUGACUGUCGACCUAAUGACUCUCUAUCUUUUUAAUGUCUAUCUUCUGUAUGAGAACCUUGACUAAGUGACGAUUUUGAUUUUGUGAUUUCCCUUGAACUCCCUGAAGCCCUGAACCACCGAUAUUAUCUUUAAUUGUGAUUUUGAUUAUGUGCGAUUUUGACUAGGUGCCAAUUUUGACUAUACUAAAAACUAGAUUGUACACAAUAUAGUCAAAAUUGCCUUGCCUGCACAGUCUAUUAUUUCUUGUGAUACCGACCCCACGGGAGCGCACAUCGGUAUCGCAAGCGGUGUACCCACGGUGUGAUAUGUGCUAACUUUUCUUACGAUUUGGACUCUAUAGUCAAAAUCGUAAGAAAACAUUGCACCGUGUGUAUACACCUUAACACUAGGUAUCCCAGUAAUAAAAAUGUGCAUAAUACCUGAUCUAAUGAGAGAUCAGAUAGACAGUUUCAUCAGUUUUCUGAGUAAAUUACAGCGUUGCCUGGGGGGAACUUAAUUUUGAAAGUUAAUUUCUUUUUUGACACAAAAAAUCUAGAUAAAAUUUUUAUUUAGCUCUACUCAGACUUUAAGAGAAUGAGCUGUAACCCAGUGUACCUGUAUUACAGAAGCUAUUAAGUGACAAAAAUUAAGCAUUUUAAAGGUUCUUAAAAUCUAUGGGGUAUUUAAAAAUACAUACACUACAAUAUAUAGUAUGUGGCCCAUUUUAAAAAUAUAUGAUUCUGUGAUUACUUUUGCAAAUAUUUCCCAACAAGAUUCAAAUAUUUUCCCUCAAACAAUGUAAAACUGCAUUGGUGUUAUAUAAUAUGUAUGUAAGAUUAUUUCCAAAAAUGUACAACCUAAAUAAAAUUUUACCUAAGCAGAUUCCACUCUGCACAAAACA